AUGUUGGUCAACGGAGAGGCUCAGCGCCCUAAUGGCGUGUACUCGAGUCCCAUGGUCCACGAAUAUCCCCGGCCUCUCAAGAUUGCCAUUGUAGGCGCCGGCAUUGGUGGUUUAAGCACAGCCAUCGCACUACGCCGGCAAGGUCACCAAGUUGACCUUUACGAGCAGUCGAGACUCGCCAACGAGACCGGUGCCGCCGUACAUCUGGCCCCUAACUCCAACGGUCUCCUGCGGAGAUGGGGCAUCUACGCCGAGACGUUCGGCGCCAACCCUUCACACCACUUCAAGGAGAGGGACCUGAACAACCAAGGCGGCUUCGACGUCGACAUUACAAAGUCACAGGGUCAAUGGCAGCACCCCUGGCAGCUCGUCCACCGCGCCUACCUCCACAACGAGAUCCGCAACGUCGCCACGGCUGAGGAUGGAGGGGUCACCACGCCGGCCAAGCUUCAUGUCGCGUCCAAGGUUGUCGGCGCGGACCCCGAGAAGGGCGAGCUGUCGCUGGAAGACGGGACGACCGUUCAGGCAGAUGUCAUUCUUGGUGCCGAUGGUAUUUACUCCAAGGUCAGGAGAUUUGUGACCGGCACCGACUACAAGCUGUUCCGCUCCGGCAAGGCGGCGUUCCGCUUCCUCAUCCCCCGCGCCGCCGCGCUCGAGGACCCUGUCACUGCGCCUUUGGUCGACAGAGAGAACUCACUGGGGAUUUGGUUUGGUACGGAUAGGCGUAUUGUGAUUUACCCGUGCAACAAUAACCAGCUCCUCAACUUUGUUUGCAUUCACCCGGAUACCGAGUCUCAGGCAAACGCAAGCGACGAAUGGAACAAGAAGGGCUCCAUCGAACAACUACUCAAGGUUUACAAGGACUUUGAUCCUGCUGUGUUGCAGCUGAUAAAGAAGGUUAAUCCCGAUGAAGUCAAUGUAUGGCAGUUGUUGGAUAUGGAGGCUAUGCCGACGUGGGUGAAUGGCAAGCUCGCCCUUUUGGGUGACGCCGCGCACCCUUUCACACCUCAUCAGGGGCAAGGCGCAGGCCAGGCUAUGGAAGACGGAGCAGCGUUAGCAGUCGUUCUACCCAAGGGCACAUCGCCCGACGAAGUCCCUGAGCGUUUACGUCUGUACGAAAAGAUCCGCAUGGAGCGCGCGCACAAGAUCCAAGAGUUCUCUCGUCAAGCCGGCAAGGACAGAAUACCAGGCCAACCACCCGCCAUCAAAAUGAUGAACUACACAAACUACAACUUUGGCCACGACGAGCACGACCACGCGACAAAGAUCUUCAACAAGUACCUCUGGUCCAAGAAGCAGGACAUGUACUGGCGCAUGCCCAUCGGCUUCGGUCCCUUCCCGGGCCCCCGACAGGACUUCUUCGGCCGCCGGCAGCCGUCCGAGCUCGAGCGCACCUUCAAGACAAUGUCGGUCAAGUUCCUCACGUCGCGCACGCUACUCGAGACCAUCCUCCCCACGGACUCGUUCCGCUUCAAGGAACCGGGCACCGUCUGCGCCGCCUCGCUCUCCGUCACCCAGCUCAACAACAUGUCCUGGCUCGGCGGCGGCGGCUACAACCAUCUGGGUCUGUACAUCCACGGCAUCGAGUACGUCAAGCGCGACAGCACCGCCAUCAGCGGCACCCACCUGUCUGUCUUGUUCGAGUCCCUGACGGAUCCCAUCGUAUCGGGCCGCGAGGAGCUCGGCAUGCCGAAGCUGUUCUGCGACAUUGACCUCGAGCACCACGCCACGGCAGCGCGCGUCCGUGCCUCGUGGCGGGGCGCCACCUUUGCCGACAUCUCGCUCAAGAACCUGCGCCGCGACGAGCCCGAGACGGAGCACGGCACCAUCGGCGGCGAGGCGGACUACGGGAUCCUGACUUACCGGUAUAUCCCCUCGGUCGGGCAGCCGGGCAAGGCCGACGCCGAGUACGCGUGCGUGGUGCCGCACGAGGAGGAGGCCAAGGACGUCCCCGCCACGGUGCACGCCGUGUCUAGGGCGUCUGCGGCAGACGUCUCGGUCAAGAUGGAUGGUCAUGAUUGGGAGAAGCUGCCGACGCUGCAUCACGUUGCCAAGUUCCUGGCUGAGAUGCCCAUCUAUGAGGUUGUGGGUGCCAAAGUCGUUGAGGGGACGGGCGUGCCGAAUGUUUCUGCGGCUCGGAGGAUAGAGUAG